AUGAGGCGGGGACACCCCCACAAUGCCCCCGCCAAACCCCCCCGCGCCCCCCGCGCCCCCCGCGCCGCCCCCCCCCGCAAACGCGCCCCGCGCCCCGCCGCCUCUCCCGCACGCACCCCCUCGCCCCCCCCGCCCCCGCCCCCCUACACCCCGCUCUCCACAACGCUCGCCACGGUCUUCGACAGCGCGCAAAAGACGACGGCCGGGCACCGCAAGCUCGCCGUGACGCUGCGCGCGACCUACGAGCAGUGCAUCGCCGGCACCGGCACCAUCGGCAGCACUGUCCCCGGCGGCGGCGGCCAGAAGGGCGAGAAGGCGUUUGUGAAGGAGUUCUUUCGCUUCCUGGAUCGGGUGCUGGUGGUUAAGAAGGGCGAGGUGGUGGCGGAUCGGUGUUUGAGGUUUGUGGAUAUGUUUGUGAGGGGGCUGUUGGAGAAGGAUAAACCCAAGCCCAAGCCCAAGCCCAAGAAGCCCAAGCCAACACCCGCCACAGACAGCGCAGAAGGCGACCCUCCCGCCGAAGACGCCGCCUCCUCCUCCUCCGAGUCCGAACCCCCCUUCGACCCCACAACCUUCACCCCGCAGCCCCCCCACCGCUUCGUCCUCGCCCUCCUCCAACACCUCACCCCCAUCCUCAACAGCAAAGAAAAGGCCGCCCGCUACCGCACAACCCAGCUCCUCUCCCUCCUCCUCUCAAACACCCUCCCCACCUUCCCCACCGACUUUUCCACCGUCUCAAAACGCAUCUUCACAAAGACCCUCACGGAGCUCACAAAGCGCCUCAAGGACCGCGAGGCCCCCGUGCGCGUCCAGGCCGUCGUGGCACUCGUCCGCCUCCUCGAGAUGGGCGUCGACGACGGCGCCGACCCCGACGACGCCAACAGCGACGACGAAGCUGCCGCCUCCACCCCCGGCGGCGCACUCGCGCUGCUCCUCGACGCGAUCGAGAAGGACCCCAGCGCAGACGUCCGCAGGACCGUGCUCUACAACGUCUCGCCCACGCCGCACACACUGCCAUAUCUCCUCGCGCGCACGCGCGACAUCGACAGCGCCACGCGGCGCAGCGUGUUCACCCGUCUCCUGCCCACGCUCGGGGACUUCCGACACCUGUCGAUCGGGAUGCGCGAGAAGCUGCUUCGGUGGGGGCUGAACGACCGCGACGAGAGCGUGCGCGUGGCGGCGCGCAAGAUGUUUAAUUACCGGUGGGUCGAGGACGUGGGCGGGGACCUGCUGUCGGUGCUGGAGCGGCUGGACGUGGUUGGUGAUGGGUCGCAGGGCGGGGUGAAGGAGGUGGCGAUGCGCGGGUUCUGGAGCGAGAGGAAGGAUGUGGUGGAGCAGGUUGUGCUGGAUGAGGAGUUUUGGGAGAACUUGACGGCCGAGAGCGCGUUUCUGGCGAGGUCGUUUAAUGACUAUGUCAAGAGCGGCGGCGGCAGCGGCGGAGAGGGAGGAGGAGUGGCAGAGCUGGAGGAGAAGAUGCCAGAGGUGACAAGGCUGGCGUUCUGGCUGAAGGGCUACAUCAACAAGCUGAUCGCGGCGGUCGAGGACGAGGGCGAGGAGGCCGGUGAGCUCGAGUUCAUUGUCGAGCAGAUGCUCAUGAUUGCGCUCAAGACGGACUACGGCGACGAGAUUGGGCGGCGAAAGAUGUUCUCGCUGCUGCGCGAGAGCCUGGGCAUCCCGCAGCUGACGGAGGGCGUGACGAAGCUGGUGGUCGAGUGUCUGGGGAAGCUGAGUAUGGGCGAGGGCGACUUCUGCAUGCUGAUUCUCGAGGUUAUUGCAGAGGUGCAUGAUGCCAUUGAGGACGAGCAGGAGGGCGACGAGACGGUGGGUGAUGAUGCGGCGUCGGAGAGCUUCCAUUCGGCGCAGAGUGAUAUUGAGAAUGGCGUGAAUGAGAGCAUCACGGUGCGGAAGGAGAAGGAGAAGGAGAGGGAGAGGGAGCGGAAGAAGGCCGCUGCGGACAGUAAGAAGAAGCAGAAGAAGCAGAAGAAGCAGAAGCAGCAGCAGGACGAUGAAGACGUCGAUAUGAUGGAUGUUGACGAUGCGGAGGAAGAAGCUGAAGAGGAGGAGGACGAGGAGGAGGACGAGGAGGAGGCGCGCGCGUUGAAGGAGAUGAUGAUCAACCUCAAGUGCCUGCAUAUUGCGCAGUGCAUGCUCGAGAACGUCGAGGGCAGCCUGAAGCAGAACACGCAUCUGGUGAGCAUGCUGAACGGGCUGAUUGUGCCGGCGGUGCGCUCGCAUGAGGCGCCGGUGAGGGAGCGCGGGCUGCACUGUCUGGGCCUGUCGUGUCUGCUGGAUAGAACCCUCGCCGAAGAAAACCUCACCCUCUUCGCCCACUGCUUCAACAAAGGCCACGAAGCACUGCAAAUCUCCGCGCUGCACAUCAUCUCCGACAUCCUCACCAUCCACGGGUCCACCCUCUUCACCUCCCCCAGCUGCGCCGUCGACCAACGCACGCUCUACCGGCUGCUCGCCAAGGCGCUCAAACUCGACGACCACACCGACGUGCAGUCCACGGCCGCCGAGGUCGUCUGCAAGCUCAUGCUCGCACAAGUGAUCCAAGACGACGAGCUGCUCAAGUUCCUCGUCGUGGCCUACUUUGACCCGGGCACCGUCGACAACCACGCGCUGCGCCAGAUACUCACGUACUUCUUCCCCGUGUACUGCCACUCGCGGCCGGCGAACCAGGCGCGCAUGGCGAGGGGCGUGGUGGGCAUUCUGCAUGCGCUGGUGGUGAUGCGCGAUGGCAUGGGCGAGGAGGAGGAGAUGGAAUGUGGGGGGGGCGUGAGUGCGGGGAAGGGGGGCGUGGCGGAGAGGGUGGUGGAUCCGGAUGUGCAGGUGGUGUUGGCGGGGGAGAUGUUGGAGAGGGUGUUUGCGGGGGGUUGUGUCCGCGAGGAGAAGAAAUGCCUCCUCUCAACACUCGCAAAGCUCUACAUCCCCGCCGACGCCAACCCCGAGCACCUACGCACGCUCUACGAGCUCGUCGCGCGCGCCAUCGAAGAGAACGUUGCGCAGGACGCGCCGUCGCGCAACGCGCUCAACAAGCUCGAGGUCUCGCUCGGCAAGAUAGUCGGCGACCUUGCGGCGGCGGCAGAGGACACUGUCAUUGUCCCCGCGGAGGGUGAUGAGGACGGGGAAGAGGGGAGUGAGGGGGAGGGCACGGUGGUGACGGCUGUGUUGGAUGGGAGGGAGGAGGGGAGGUAUGAGGAGCAGCAGCAGGAGGAGGAAGAGAAGUGA